CAUUACGGACUUGAAGGGUCGCGGAGGCGAGGCGGGCGGAGGCGACGGGAGGGUCGGCACGAGUGUGGACACGUGGGACGCGUUAUGCGUGUGAUUUUUUGUAUGUUCUUUGAAUAGUUGUUGUAUUACAGUUGUAUACAAUAUAUAUAUAUAUAUAUGUUUGAGUUGGAUAAGAUCGAUAAGGUCAGGGUUCGAUCUUUGCUUUGGUGAUUUGCUCAGUGGAGUUGCAGUAUAGGUUAGUCUAUUUAGCAAUUGUGUAUACUAGAUGGUAUAGAUGAGAGAACCAUGUUGAUAGAUCUUGGCCUCGUCGCAAAAUCCACAGCGAUAUGGACCAUUGACGAGAAUCGUCUCCCGGAUGUAUACACAAUGAGCUUGUGGGGUUGGAGUACCGGUCAAGAAGGUCACCUCAUCCUUGGGUGGUGAAUUCAAGUACACUUGAGUGAUAUGCAGUGCUUUGUUCAUUGCGUUUUCCUGUCCCUAUAUAUCUUCCAAAUGGGUUGAAUGCCCUUGCACUCCUAUGCUGCCCAUGUCUUGUUUGGGAAACAGCGUUGGAGUAUCUGGAGCGAGCGACGUUUCGAUCGGAAGAAACGGAUCGAGUCCGGGAUGAUCCGAGGUGACGUUCGGGAAGGUGCCUUCUCACUCCCAACGGAACCACACAAAAAUAAGCAGAAAGCCCGGCUUUUGUAUGUUGUUCUUUGUUUUUGUCUUGGUCUUGCGGAAACAAACGCUGCGUGUUGUUGUUUGUAGAUCUUUGUGUUUUGGUUGUUUUUCCAGGUUUCCCACGUGAACUGCUCCAAAUGAUUUGCCUUUCACAUGUGUUCACUGACCCAGUGACACCUGAUCUUCAGCUCCGGGUUACCGAAGCACCGCCGCCAUGGAGACGGCUCCGCCCUAUGCGAAGUCCACCCAGGCGUGGCGCAAGAAGCGCGCCUUUACGGGGAGGUACUUGGAGUCCGUUUGGCCGCGGAGCUAUUGGAACCGAGGCCCCGUGAGCAUUUUGGACUACAACCUGACCAGCUCCAUCCACAGCAAGUCUGUGAGCAAUCUUCCCUUGGCACGCUUCACACAGAAGGGGUCCGUUCGGCCUGCCAGCCGGUCCACGCGGGAGAAGCGGCGGGAGACGCGGAAAAAAGUGGCCUGGGAGCAUGAGACGGUGGGUGGAUCCCAGAGCAGCUUGGAGCCCAGUCUGCCAGAAACCCCUACUGUGGCCUCGGAGGUAGCAGCGCCAGAGACCAGGAUGGCCUCUCCAUUUUGGCAUGCAGAGAUACCGCCAAUGGCCGAGCUGUCUGCCGCGAAGGUGCUGGCGGACCAAAAGCGACAGCAGGUCUACUUGAAAAUGGGGCAAAUUGGAUCUCUGAAACUGAUCUUAGCCCAGGUCGAGGCGGGCUAUGGCACCGACUUCAAGGACUUUCGACACACCCUGCCGUGAGCGGAAUUUGGAGCGUAAAGGCGAUUCCGUUUUGGGCUGUUUUCUGAGAAAGCAGGUGCCUGGCAUGACGAACAAAUGUCAUGCCAGUUAUAGAUCUGUCCAGGUUUCACCAUAAUAUAGCACCUGGGCUCCAAUGCGAUUCGGUCUUGAGGG